AUGAGAAUAAAUUUGGUAACUUUAUUUUGCUGGGGACGAAGCUGCGGCAUAAAAGAUUGCAUCAAUAAAUGUCAAUCAUGUGGAAUGAGAAACAUCACCGGAGAAAACAAGACAUUGAACUUAUGUGGAUUUUUUGGAUUUCUUUAUCAUUUAGAAUUGAGAUUCAGAAAUAAAAAAAGAAGCAAUUUUUUUACGUUGAGCGUGAACACGUCUUCAUUGGUGAGUGGUUUGUAUACUUAA